AUGGCGAUCUCCAAGAAUUUACCACUUUUAAAGAACCAUUUCAGAAAGCACUGGCAGGAACGUGUCAGAGUUCACUUCGACCAAGCCGGUAAGAAGGUCUCUAGAAGACACGCCAGAGCCUCCAAGGCUGCCAAGUCGGCUCCAAAGCCAAUUGACAACUUGAGACCAAUCGUCAGAGCCCCAACUGUUAGAUACAACAGAAAGGUCAGAGCCGGUAAGGGUUUCUCUUUGGCUGAGUUGAAGGCUGUUGGUUUGACCGCCAAGUACGCCAGAACCAUCGGUAUCUCUGUUGACCACCGUCGUCAGAACAAGUCUGUUGAAGGUCUUGAAUUGAACGUUGCCAGAUUGAACGAAUACAAGUCUAAGUUGAUCAUCUUCGACAACAAGGCCAAGUCUGCUGACAUCAAGGCCAACGCCCAGAUCGAUGUCAAGGCCUCUUUCCCAGUCAUCCAGCCAGCUUUCGAAACCGCUCCAAGAGCCGUUGUUGUCCCAGAGGGUUUGAAUGCCUACAGAACCUUGAGAGAAUCUAGAUCCGAGAAGAGAUACUUGGGUGCCCGUGAAAAGCGUGCUAGACUCAAGGCUGAGGCUGAAGCUGAAAAGUCCAAGAAAUAA